GUGGUUCCCAUAGCGGGCCGCCGCGCAGGCACAGGACGCCUCGCUGGGGAGACGACGCAAUUGUGCGGAUGCCUCAAAGAAACCAUAAGCCGCUCCUCAGCAGCACACACUUUGUGAAGGAGGCCGUAACAGCAGCAGCGGAUCGACGUUCAGAACACCAAUUUCCCACCACCUAGUUCCCACGCCCCGCCUCAUAACAAUGGACGAAGACGAGCUCCAUAACAGCCCCAUCCAAUACGUCCCGCCUUCCCCGCCGGCAGUCGAUCACUCAGUCUCGCCACUGGCUGCCGCUGCGACCCACGCCUAUGACUCGUCCUAUGCCAUUGAUAGUGGGAUCGCUACUCCCGCUGACGUGAGCACUUACCACGAACAGCAGAAAGUGGAGCAUGAACGGGUGGAGGGUGGAGCGGCUCAACAGUUGUUGGAUGAUAAGGAGGCGUUGAACGUCGCUGCACCUGGAAACGUUGCUGCAGCAGCCCCGAUCUCACGAGCAGAAACUCUCUCCCAAUUCGAAGUUCAGAAACGAGAGGAAGCCCGACGUCGCCAACAGGAAGCCGAGGAAACGAAGAAGCGCCAAGAAGCCGAGAUGUUCGAAAAAGCCCGUGUCCUCCGCAUGAAACUCGAAGCCGAGGAAAAAUCCCGCAAAGAGGCCGACGAGCUGGCUCGUAAACAGGAGGAAGCCACCCGAUUGGAGCUGUUGGCGAAGCAGAAGGCGACGAUGGAGCAGUUUGAGAGGCAGAAAGUUGAGACUGCGAAGCGGGCUGAGGAGGAGAGGAUUGCGGAGUUGAAGAGGGCGGAGGCCGAGGCGUUUGCGAAGUUGGAACUUGCGAAGCAGAAGAAGAAUGAGGAGGAGAGGUUGAAGAGGGAGGAUGCGCUUCGUAGGCAGAAGGAGGAGGAGGCUGCUAGGGAUGAGAAGUUGCGGAAGCAGAAGGACGCUAUGGCGAAGUUCGAGGAACAGCAGAUGCUAAAGCAAAUGAGCGAACCGGCGCGUGAAGCCUACCUGGCCAAUCAGCGGGCCAUUGAGGAAGCCGCAAGGAAGAAGGCCGAGGAGGAAGAAGCCGCCAGGAAAAAGAUCGAAGAAGAGGAGGAAGCCGCUCGACGCAAGAUUCAGGAGGCAGAGGAAGCUCGUCUGCGUGCUAUCCAACAGGAAAAGGAGGCCGCCGAGCGUGCACUCGCCGAAAAAGAGCUGGCGCAAAAGAAGGCCGUAGCGGAGGCAGAGGCUGAGCAGCGCAGAAGAGAAACUGCUGCCAUUGAGACGAGGAACAAAGCCCUACCCGUCGCACCCGCACCAGAUGCAAGCAACCUCACAACCAAACGGAGCUUCGCGAAAGAAGCCACGCGCGCCCCCACCCUCCCUGCUCCCGCGGUCACACCCUCCGCCGCCCCACAAAGCCUGGAAGAAGAGAUGGAGCUCGCCGUUCAAAAAGCCCUCGAACGCCGAAAGACCUUCUCCCAGCUCGCCACGCUCGACUCCGACGCCCUCCGCAACGAUCUGCUCACCCUUAUGGCCUCCGAAGAAGCAAAGUCCCGCGCCGACCACGCCGCGCGUUCACGAUCCAUCGAUGAAGCGCGCUCGGCGGGUGCCGCUGCCGGUCAGACCAUCGCCCUGUCCUUCGCGCCGACUCUGAACAACAGGGACCCCCUGAACCGCACUCGAAGUGGGUUCGGACAGCCUGUGAAUGGAAAGCCCGCCAACGGACGCAUGUCUAUGUCGGUGGAUCGGCCGCCGAUGCAGAGCAUGGGAAUGUCGGACAACGGCGGAAAGAGGUCGAAGAAGGAUGAGGCUGGCUGUUGCAAGGGGUGCUCCAUCAUGUGAGGUCCGCUACUUGACGGUCGUCCUCUUGACAACGAGAACAUUCCCAUUCACUCUCUCAAACCGCCAAAACGAUGCCGGCCACCGUUUUCCUGACCAAUGCAUGCAAUGCCAGCAUCCCCUGCACCACAACACACCAAGUUACUGUUCAAACUAUCUCAACACCUCAGCACCCCCGGCCGGUUAUUUUGACACUGCCUC